AUGGGUCGUCCGCGCAUCAGCCUCGCCGCGGUGGCGCUGUCCUCGGCCACGGGCAUGACGGUGGCCGCCGUGUCCAUGAUGGCGUACUACCGCUUCCAGCACCCGCAGGAGUUUGCGGACGCCAGCAUCCGCAUGACGCACCCGGAGCUCUCGGACGAUUUCAACCGCAAGUGGGGACUCUUCGGCACGGGCAUCAUCGACGCCGUACCGCAGGGUGUCAAGGACCUCUUCGCCGUGCCCGACAUGGCCGAGCGCUUCGAGCUGCAGAAGAAGAAGCGCGAGGAGCAGAUCCGCCAGACGCUCGAGGACCUGCGCCCCAAGGGCAAGUAA